UCUGUCCUGUAGAGCGUGCUCUGCCACUCCAUUACUCUACGUGCGGCGAAGCAGAACCCGCGGCGCAAGCCCUGCGCGCUGCGGACAGCGACGAGGGAAACCGUAAAGCAAACAAAUGUCGACAGAACCAGCGGGCGAGCGCACAGAGUUAUCCGGCGACGAGAAGGGAAAAAAAAGAAGGAAAGAAAGAGAGCCAGCAGGGAGCCGUGGUGGCGGCGCGGCGACGUGAAGAGCGCUCGGCGGCGCACCGCAAAAGUGAAACCGAAACCUGGUGGCGCCGCGGGAUUGGAGUAGGCCGCGCAGGCGCCCUGUGUGGCGUGAGAGGAUGGCCACGCCUGCCCGCUCUUGUGUAAGCGACGAGCCCGGGGCCUUAAAACAAACCGCGCGAAGGGGGGAGGGCCCACCGGCCGAAAGAAGGUGGCGAGGGUGAAGCGGGGGCUCGUGGCACCGUCCCAGUCAAGGUUUUACCUCAAAAAAAGGAGUCACUCACGCACGCCGGUCGCAUGGGUUGUCGUCGCCGCGGCCGCAACACGCUGCGCAGCUUUUCAAAUUUUUUUACGUCUGAUAUGUUGUCAUGGAACUGCUCCUUCUUGUUGCACGUGAUUCGAGUGACACGGCUGCGAAACUAGCAACGUGUGUCGGCGGUGCAUAUCUCGGCCCUUGACGAUAUCCGGACGCACGACGGUCCCACUCGCUGCUUCGUGAGACACAAACUUGGCGACUUCCACUGCUUGGCGAAAAACUUUUUCUUCUUUUUUCCCCUGAACGCCUCACGGUUAUCCAAAUUCGGCUUUUCUCUCGCUCUUCGUCGCCGAGCCAACGUUCCGGGUGUGUUCUGUCCCCGGGAGAGUCACCGUGAUGAGUCCUCUAGUCGGCUGGUGGCCCAAGGUGUUUUGCCUGCUUCCUUGCUUAACUGAAAUAUUCAGCACAUCGCAGCCCAUGUUCCUGUCUCCGAUACCAACGAUCCAGGCUGCGGAGGGCGACGACAUCGUUUUGACGUGCCUCGUUGAGAAUCUUGGAUCCCACAAGGUGUCUUGGUACCGUGCCGGGUCCGGCGAGCUUCUCUCCUUCGAUACCCGCAUGCUGACGUCGGACGCGCGGGUCCACUCCGAUCACAGCCGCCCCAGCUCGUGGCAGCUGCGAGUGUCCCGCGUGAGGGUCUCGGAUGCCGGCCUGUAUGCGUGCGUGGUCGACUCCACACCCAGGCUGUCGCAACUCGGCGCUCUCGAAGUACAUACCCUCGUCGAAGACAAACGGCACGGUGCCGUUCCAUUUUCCAAUGCUGCUUCGUGGUCAAGUUCUCCUGCCACGAGACAACUUCACCGGGGACGACGAAAGCCGAAAAGGAGAAAACAUCGUUUCGUGCAGGAGCAACAAGAAAAGAAAGACGAACUGAUCAGCAAGGACGAACCGUACUUUCCUGAGCCAAUACCGAGCCUCACAGUUGCGGCUGGCCGGAAUGCUGCACUCAAGUGUGUCGUAGAAAAUUUGGGUAACCACACGGUGGCGUGGCUUAACGUGGACAAGCAGACACUGCUGGCCCUGCACACGCACGUGAUCGUGCAGAACGAGCGCAUCCGAGUGAGCCACGCCGGUCAUCGCGUCUGGCAGCUGGAGAUCCGUGACGUGCGGCCCGACGACACCGGCUACUAUAUGUGCCAAGUGAACACGCGCCCCAUGAAGAACCAGGUCGGGUACCUCAACGUGGUCGUGGCUCCGUACUUCGUGGAUUCCUUUGGACCCCGGAACUUGACAGCACGCGAGAACAGCAACGUGAGUUUCCGCUGCGAGGCGAGCGGCAACCCCGAACCCAAGGUCUCUUGGCGGCGGGAAGACGCACAGCCAUUCCGCGUCGCCGACCAGAAAGUGACAGUCUACCGAGGACAGGAGCUGUUGUUCAAGAGGGUCUCCCGUUCCCACAUGGGCGCUUACCUGUGCCUCGCAUCCAACGGAGUGCCGCCAUCCAUAAGUCGACGCAUAUUCCUCGAAGUCACCUUCACACCUAUGAUCUGGGUGCCCAACCAAGUCGUGGGCGCACCCCUGGGCUCAAACGUGGUCCUGGAAUGCCAUACGGAAGCCCAUCCACCUUCGGAGAACUUCUGGUUUCGUAGCUCUCAUCGCCUAGACACCGCAGUCACUAACAUCACGUUCGCCACCUCACACGACCCGCGGACCAAGCAAAAGAAGUCCAAAAGGCACGAGGCUUACAUCACGCGGACAGGGUUGAAGGUAUACAUGAAGUUGUCAAUCAAAAAUCUGCGGAAAGAAGACUACGGCACUUACCACUGCAUGGCACAAAACGCUCUCGAUAAAACGGAAGGCAAGAUACAGCUUCACGAAAUCGAGGCAGCGAUGGGGAAAACGGAGCCAUCGACCGAGAUUUCGACGUCUACGUCUUCGUCAGGAAAAAGUCAAGCAGGUGGCGCUGACUGGCCUCACCGGAAGCCGACAAGCAACACCGUGACAGGAGUCAAGAACUCUGACAAAACACAGGGCCGUUGGGCAGUCCAGCACUUUCAAGAUGGCAUUCACAACAAGGAGUCUUCCAGAGGACAAAAAGGCGGGCGUUCCCAAACUUCUGCAGGAGCUGCGCCGUCAGCCAGUGUGGCUAUUUUGGCUGCGCAAAUGUGGCUUCUGCGGAUAUGGUCGUCCCAAGGCUGAGUCGACACGUACCCCGGACAUUACCGCCUUCGCUUGCGUGACAACUCAGGAAAUGUGAUGCAUCAAGCUGUUCUUGCCAAAGAUUCCGUGGCGCCGUGCAGUUCUCUUGCGACAUGCGUCUAUUUGUACACCAGUGAAAAAUGAUCGCAGGCCGGUCCUGGAGGUGACGAAUGUGCGAAUGUAUUGAUUUUCCUGCGAUGACUGUUGGCUUCCACAAAACGGUAGACUACCCAAAUCGACGGUAGUGGCCCUCACUUACCCCGCCACCCACGGCAAACAUGCCGUGUUCCAAGAUAUAGCAAGUUGUGAAUUGAUCAUGUCUAUAUGUGUUCAGAGUUUCUUGCAUAUUAAAAUACUUACGGCGGUGGCCGCCAUUAAUUACAUUUUGUACUUGCUUCGACCUGUUUCAAGUGCCAGCCACUUGAAGCAGGUUUCGCAUUUUUGCCAAGAUGUAAGGUUAUUUGUUCCACACGUCUUGCCACGGCGAGGUGAAUACAAAAUUUAUCGGAAAGGUGCAAAAAAGGAUUGUGUAACUGUUUGCCCUUAACUGUAAGUAUCGAACGUCCAAGCGAACAUGCUUUAAUAUUGUUUCAGGCGAGUCACCGUACCUUCUUUAAAUGACUCGCUGUUAUGCUCUCUGUUGAGUUGCACACGGUGCGUCUUACACUCACGUGAGCAUUGAGCACCGUAAUGCCGCAACCAGAGCCAAAAUAUUUCAGAAUGAGUGGACGUACCUGCAUUUACCUGUAAAAAAAUAAUCAAGGGCAUUUUCUCAAUAUCUCAAUACCUUACAACUUCCUAUAAACUACAAGGUGCGACCUGACUGGGAAACACUAUUAGACAGUGCAUAAACCUACGACGCAGGUGGCAAAGCGGCCGGGUCAGCAAGCAACGCACGGACCACGGUGAUUCUACCAAACAUUGCCCAACUUCACAGAAAAUGAGCUAGCUCUUGAAAUACAGUGCUUUCGCUGGUCUUCAAAAUUUUUAUCUACAUCUUCUACGUUUAGCGUUGUUACAAUGCGUGAAAACGGGAGAUUUGGGACACCGUGGUUUCGGCACAUACGACAGUGGUCAUCCAAUCCUUUAGAAAAGCUGCCACAAAUGUGCUUACUUAAAGAACUUUAGGUGGUCAAAAUCAAUGCGAAGUCUCCGAUUACGGCGUCUCGUACAAUCAGAUCGUUGUUAUGAUUUGAUUGCACUGCUCGUCAUUUGGCGCGAUCGGUCAAAUAAGUGCAACUUGACUUUUGAAAGAAUGCUCCACUAACUAAUUUCGUCUUUUUAUACACGCUUUUUAUGCGUUUAGGAAAUUUCGCUCGUUUGCCCAUUGCUUUGAAAUGCGCAUUACUGGCUUUUGGUAACAAACAAAAGUACGUGAGGUUGGUGAUGUUAGCUUCAAUAUGUUUUACGCGGCAGUCUAAGGCAACACUUCUUUGGCCUGAUGGCCUGUAUUGGUGGCAAGUGCGUGACCGUUUAGUUCCAUGUUGCACUGAGUCUGCGACGGUUGUUUCGCGAGGUGCAGUUGCCAGACAUCGACUCGAUGAUGGCUGUAGUAUAUCUGUUGUAUAGAGCUGUUUGAAGUAAAGUGAACGUAGCGCUCAGCUAAUAAAUAAUAAAAUGGGCCACGUGUUAACUGGGUUCACUGAUUUUAUUGUUGUUUGUCUUCUCGAGGCCCAGUACUGUAUGAACCAACCACUGCAUUCAUUCUGUGUACAAACAAAAAUAUAAGAGAACUGCGAACCUUGAUUGAAUAAAACAGUUUAUUUAUU